GAAUUCCAUACCACUUUGGAAGUGUGAAAAUGCUAAGAAGGAUGGUCUUCUUAGCGAGAGACAAAGAGGAGCUGAUACUCACAGACAAGCCUCCUCGAGAGUAAGCUUCCUUGAAACUCAAGGACGAUUUUUGUUCCCAAACGUGAUUCGCACGUUAGAGCUCUUCACGGACCUGCAGCUUUGGGGCUUAAGGCGCACCGGCCCCAAAGAAUGAAAUUCGCUUUUCCCUCCACCCCAAAUGGGGAAAUCGGGGGACGCUCCGAAACCCUCGAUUCGGGUUUGAUCCUGGACGGAAAUCGAUUACCAAUGGGUGCAUGUCGUUGGCCCGAGUGAGGAACAGAGACAAGGAUCCGAUUGCCAACACCAGUCGGUUUGUGAGGGGUGCCAGCGUCCCAUCUCUGACCGUUUCCUGAUGCGUGUCAAUGAAUCCUCAUGGCAUGAAGAGUGCUUGCAAUGCGCCGUCUGCCAACAGGCACUAACCACUAGCUGCUACUUCCGAGACCGGAAGCUUUACUGCAAGCAAGACUACCAACAGUUGUUUGCUGCCAAAUGCAGUGGGUGCAUGGAAAAAAUUGCCCCCACGGAGUUCGUCAUGCGGGCGCUGGAGUGCGUCUACCACUUGAGCUGCUUUUGUUGCUGCGUCUGCGAGCGGCAACUGAGAAAAGGGGACGAGUUCGUCUUGAAGGAAGGCCAGCUCCUUUGUAAAAGCGACUACGAGAAGGAGAAGGACCUGCUCAGCUCCGUCAGUCCAGAUGACUCCGAUUCAGUGAAAAGUGACGAUGAAGACGGGGACAUCAAACCGGCUAAAGGGCAAAUCACCCCCGGGAAGGGGGGUGAUGACGGAAAAGAUCCGAGGAGACCUAAGAGGCCACGGACGAUCCUCACAACCCAGCAGAGAAGAGCGUUCAAAGCCUCCUUUGAAGUAUCUUCCAAACCUUGUAGGAAGGUAAGGGAGACUCUGGCGGCUGAAACCGGCCUCAGCGUUCGAGUAGUCCAAGUCUGGUUUCAGAAUCAAAGAGCAAAGAUGAAAAAACUGGCGCGACGGCAUCAGCAGCAGCAGGAGCAGCAAAACUCACAGCGGCUCGGCCAAGAAGUAAUGUCCAACCGGAUGGAAGGGAUAAUGACGUCUUACACACCCCUUGCACCACCGCAACAACAGAUUGUAGCAAUGGACCAGAGCACCUACGCCACUGAUCCUUUCCAGCAAGGUCUCACCCCACCACAAAUGCCAGGUGACCACAUGAAUCCUUAUGGAAACGACUCCAUUUUUCACGACAUCGACAGCGACACUUCUCUAACGAGCUUGAGUGACUGUUUCUUGGCUUCCUCGGAAGUAAACUCCAUGCAAGCCAGGAUAGGAAACCCCAUUGAUAGGCUGUAUUCAAUGCAGAGUUCCUACUUUGCCUCAUGAAAAGCACCUGGCGGGGGAACCAGCCCAGCUCUUCGGAACUUCUCUCCUGAACCGAUGUCGCGAGGAACCCCGUUUUCCAGCUGAAAACAAAAGAAAAACAAAAACAAAAAAACAAAAAACCUCAUACAGCCAUAUUUUUCUUCGUUUCCUCCACCCUGGUAUAUGGUCACCUGGGACGACAGGAGCAUUGAAUUAAGGAGGCCUCUGGCCCCGAGAAACAGAUAGGCAAGGAAUCACAGGAAUCUGGUCCUGAGAAACAGAUAGGGAAGGACCACGCGUCGCUCUCAAAAAAAGAGGUGGGACCGAGGAACACCGAUGCUCCUGUGGUUAGUUUCUUCUCGGAACCCCAUCAUUUUGGAGGCAAACCCUUCCCAUUUUGCAUUGCUUUGGAGAAUUUCUUUCGACAGCGCGGUGUUUUCUCCAGGCUACCACUCACCCACCCCCGAUGCAAAGUUGGUCCAAGCUGAAGAAAGAAAUUGGAGGGGAAUUGGUCCCAAUUUUGUUCUGCAUGUUUCAUCUCCUGCCACAGACUGAAAACCCUCAGGGCCGCGAGACGUUUGUGACAGAGCUAUGAUUCCUCUGGGGACAUUCCUAUUUCCCCUCGGCCGCCUCUUUUUCUUUCUUUUCCUCUCCAUCGAACCAAACGGGAACCUCCAAAAAAAAACCAGUCAUCUCUGGGGCCAUUAAGUUAUCGUCACUGCACUGCCUGGAAAUGUGGGGGAGCGGGGAGGAGAGUGGGAAUGGAAAGUGGGGGGAACCCAGAAAAUAAUAAGAGGAAUGCAAGGAGAAAUCGGGCCACUUCGUCAUCAUUAUGACAUUUCUUGGAGAGGAAGAGAAAGAGUCCAAAAAAAAAAAAAAGAUGCUGAACACGGGGAGGCAAACUUAGAUGAGCUGUAAUUACACCUUUACCUGAAAAAAAGCAAUUUUAUAAUAGGUAGGGCCAGAGAUAUUCUGGAACACCUGAUUUUAUUUCAGGUUGUUCGCCAUUCUGGGUGUGUUAAAACUUUUUUUUUUAAAAAAAAAUAAUGGUGAAGGAAUUCAGUGCCAAAUUUCACGUCUCCACCUAACCCCUAGCUCUUUUAGGCUUUGAUUGACAGUCAUCUGUUGGUGAUUCCCAUUUGUUUAUACCGAUUUGACAGCCCUACCCCACAGAUCCUUUUGCUUCGGGACACGUUAAUUAGAGCUGAUUUUGGUUUGGGUCUUUUUCCCUCCACGGGGUUGGAAGGACCUCCCCCCUUUCCUCCCCCGCCCCCACUUAUCCAUCAUGUAAUUUCAAAAGACAAGCAGUGAUGGCAUUUUGUGUAGCUUUAUUCAUGGUGAGCACUUAUUCCCAAGCAGCUCCGUUAUUCCCCAUGCCCGUGGACCAGUUGCUGGUAGAAAUUAAACCUUGGCAGAUGCGAAGAUGGGAAACACGUUUUACGAUGCUUACCGCUAAGAGUGCCACGGAAAUUCCACGUUUGGUGACUAGUUAGAUCAGAGGGUAAGCUAACAUGGGGCCAUUGAGAAGUAUGUUGGGGUCCUGCUCCGACAAGGGGAUGGAUCUAAGGCUGUGGUUUGAUUUUAUUUAAAUCAUUUCUUGUUGUUAGUUGCGAAGUGGUGUCCGACCCAUCGCGACCCCAUGGACAACGUUCCUCCAGGCCUUCCUGUCCUCUACCAUCCACUGGAGUCCAUUGAAGCUCACGCCGACUGCUUCAGUGACUCCAUCCAGCCACCUCGUUCUCUGCCGUCCCCUUCUUCUUUUGCCCUCCAUCUUUCCCAGUAUUAGGCUCUUCCCCAGCGAGUCCUUCCUUCUCAUUAGGUGGCCAAAGCAUUUGAGUUAUUUAAAUCCUAUUUAAAGAAAAAAAAAAACAAGUUAGUGAAUUAAAUAUCAUGGCUACCCACGUAUUUUGCAUUUCACGACUUCUGCCAUGUUUAAAUUUCAAUGGGCAAAGUCUUGAGUAGAAGGUCAACAUCUUCCAGACCAUUCUUGGUCCACCAGUUUUCCAUCGCUGCACUGUCCUUUCUUCCCGAAACUGAGUUCCAGAUGUUUUGGUUUACCUAUCCCAUCGACCUCAGGUAGUUUAGCCCAAGCUCCCACCAGGUGUGAUUGCCCUCAAAUUUCAUGGUUGAUUUUUUAUUAUAUUUUUCAUUAUUCAUUUUUUGGGGAAACAUAAACUGGAGACAACGCUUGACCUCAUGUCCUGCUGAUGGACUUCUAGAAGUAUCUCUUCAGCUACCCUGGGAAUGUAUGGGAUCCUCCAACCAUUUUUAAAAAAAAUUGAUUUAUAUGCCGCCCUUCUCCGGAGACUCAGGGCGGCUUACAAUGCGCUAAGCAAUAGCUUUCAUCCUUUUGUAUAUUUAUACAAAGUCAGCUUAUUGCCCCCACAAACUGGGUCCUCAUUUCACCUACCUUAGAAAGGAUGGAAGGCUGAGUCAACCUUGAGCCUGGCGAGAUUCAAACCUGCAGUAAUUGCAGGCAGCUGGUCUCAAUAACAGGGUGGUUUAGACCACUGUACUAUCAAGGCUCUCACCAUUGUUGAGUGCUGUAUUCCAGAAAACUUAAUGGUAUCCAGAUCUGAGAAAGGCUGAGUUAGGGGAAAACUGAGUUUCGUUGCUGAAAUUUCAUAGCCAUUGCUGAACAUUUUGGGAAUCAAGAUCCCAAAAUCUCAAAGUUGGGGGGGGAAACUGAGUUAGAGACUUAUUUUGAGUAUUUGCUGGCAAGUCCAGUGCUCAAGUUAGAGUAGAUCUAUAUAAGCCAUGAUCCUCUUGCUGCCUGUUUCUUUUUUUAGGGUCAUGUUAGAUUGAUGAUAGCCACACGUUUUUGAAAGCAGAAGAAUUCCAGGAAUAAGAUUUACAGGUAGUUCUUGACUUAAUAACCCCCUUUUUUCUAAUGACCAUUUAAAGUUAUAACACUGCUGGGGAAAGUCUCUUACAACUUGUGACUUGCACUUACGACCGUCCCAGGAUCCCAACAGUCACACGAGCAAAAUGUGGGCGCUGGCAACUGGCAUGUAUUUAUGACUGUUGCAAUGUCACGUGAUUGUCGUUUGCGACUUUCCUAGGCAGCUUCCAAAAAGCAACGUCAGUGUGGGGAAGCCGGAUUAGCUGAACAAUCACGCAAUUUGUUUAAUGGCCACGACAAAAUAGAUGGUAAAAUUGGGCGGGACCCACCUUAUCAGCCACCUCACUUAACAAUAAGUUCCUGUCCCAAUUUUGGUCCGGAGUUAAGUUCCUUUAGGUCUUUUCAAUAUUUAUUCCUCAAAAUUUGAGGGCUAAGCAUAAAACAAUUUCGGGUAGAAGAACCCAGUUGCCCCUUCUAGAUUCCAGCUUCUAUUAGAUCUGAUAGGAUCAGGGGUGAAAUCCAGCAGGUUCUGACAGGUUCUGGAGAACCGGUAGCGGAAAUUUUGAGUAGUUUGGAGAACCAGCAAAUACCACCUCUGGCUGGUCUCAGAGUGGGGUGGGAAUGGAGAUUUUGCAAUAUCCUUCCUCCAGGAGUGGGGAGGGAAUGGGGAUUUUGCAGUAUCCUUUCCCCUGCCACGCCCACCAAGCCACGCCCACAAAGCCGGUAGGGAAAAAUUUUGGAUUUCACCCCUGGAUAGGGUCCUUAUUAUCUCCUGCCAGAUCCAAUGAUCCAUGAUAAGGCUAUCACUCCACAAGCAUCUCUCCUUAUAAGCAUCUAUAAGUUAGUCUCCCCCACCCUCUGAUCGUAUUAAUGCAUUCCAGAAGUUAACGAUGUGUGAAAAAUGUACAUCUUUUCCAGUGUCUCGAAAUUGCCGCCUACAUCAACUGCCUUCUUAAAUGACUUCAGGUAAGAGAUGGCCUGUUGUUGCUGUUUUAAGAAAUAAAAAAAAAUCCCGAAGCACAACCUUCUUUGACAAAAGAAAUCAAAAGAUCGCAUCAUUCUGAAAUCCCCCAACAGUUGAGUGGUUAUGCAGUUUGCCCAUGUGUGAAUGCCCCAUGUGUUCACUUCCUUUAUGGCAUGAAUGUCCACCCUACCAGAGGUGGGUUUCAGCAGGUUCUGACCAAUUCUGGAGAACCGGUAGCGGAAAUUUUGAGUAGUUCAGAAAACCGGUACAUACCACCUCUGACUGGCCCUGCCCCAUCUAUUCUCUGCCUCCCGAGUCCCAGCUGAUCGGGAGGAGCUGAUCCCCUGCCACGCCCACCAAGCCACGCCCACAGAACCAGUAGUAAAAAAAUUUGAAUCCCACCACUGCACCCUACCCAAGAGUGUCUUCUGAAUCUCAAAGUAGAAUCCCAGGAGGGUUUAUCUGGAAACCAAUUUCCACAGGCCACCAAAGGAGGACAUUGUCCAGAGUUGUGCAAUUCCCAAUGGAACUGCAAAAAGCGACCUCUUUUUAAUAAUGAAUCAUUAUUAAUUAUUCAACCACUUCCAGUGAUGCCAUUCCCUUGUUGCAUCCUUAACUGAAAAGUUCUGUUGAGAAUGCAGAUGUUCAAAAGUUCCAUCUUCUGGUCCUCCACAAAUAUAACAACGUGGAGAACUUAGGAAACAUGUUCAGGCUUUUCCAUAGAGAUAGUUGUCCUCCAAAUUGUGAUGAACGGUAAUCCUUCCUGUCCAACACCACUAAAAGCAACUCAACCUUGGCCAACUCGCCACGGGGCCAACUUGGCAUGGCCAACUCACUUGCGGGACAAGAGUUACACCACCAUGAAAGAAAUGGCGGACUAGAAUCAUUCAAGAGAGGACGAAAAAGGAGAGAGACGAAAUGAAAUACGAAUGGCAAAAAUGGAAAUAUUUUUUUUUAAAAUUCAUUUUAAAUAAUUAAAUCGAAUUGUUAGAUUGUCUUGCAGUGAGUUGGCCAUGGUAAGCUGGCUAUGGCCAAGAGUAACAGCAGAUUCAAAGGCCAAGUUGACCCUAGCGAAGCUAUUCAAACUUGCUUUUCCUUUCCCCUGGUACCCUGGGCUGAGAUAAAUGUCACUCUUAUUUAUGGCAUGGAUGAUUGCUCUCAGGAAUCUGCUGGUUGUAUGGUUUUAACCUGGGACUUCAGGGUCAAAGGGUUGAAAGCAGGCUCUUGACCUCCUCUUGACUUGAAGCUUAUUUUUGCAUUCUCAGGAGAGAUGCCAUUGAAUAAGUCAAGCAGACAAGAGAGCCACACAGGUAGGAAUGCUGAUGUCUUAGAUGAAUAAAACCUUCUCGGAUAAAUCCGGGUUGAAUGACAAUCCAUGUGGGAUGUUAGAUGGCCAUUGCAAGCAGAUUAUUUGUGCCACGCACUGCUUGUCUCUGCCCAGUAACUACACAGAUGCACACCCCUCCAAUCUUUUAAUCACGUUACGUUCAGUAAGCAAAGAACGGGCCGAAAUGGUAAUGAGGCAUAUUUACAAUAAUAUAGAAAAGUAUGAUCGAUUAGGCUGCCAUUUCUAUAGCGGAGUUAAUAAAGGGAGGUGGAAAGAAGGGAUCGUCCUUAGACAUUCUUCUAAAAUGAAUGUACAUCACUUAUUUCCAAAGGGAACGUUAAGAGAAUGAGGAGUUUUGCUAUUUCCAAACACAUUGUUAAAUCUAUUCAGUAAUGCCAUUGAUGUAAUGAUGUUAUGCCCCUUGGAUAUUCUCAAUGGGGAAGCCAAAUUCCCUUAACAACCCAUGGCAAGAAAAGUCGUAAAACAGGACAAAACUCAACACAUUUCUCACUUAGACGCAUAACUUCCGGGCUCAAUUGCGGUCGUACGCUGAGGAUUAUCCUGUAUACCUCACACCUCUGCCUACUUAGGAAAUCGCUGGUCCUCAUAAUUUUUGGUAGAAACCCCAGAAGGAUGCAUUCAACAAAUCUUAAAAAAAAAAAAAAACUUGCCAAAACCUUAGCCAUCUUUUAAAAAGAUGGAUAAGCCAUUUUCUUCCACUUGGAGACCGGUGCUAUUCUGCAUUCCAUCAAAUUUCAGUUGAAUGAAAAAUAAUUACUGCCAAGAAGUUAUACUUAUAUAUUGCCUACGUUCAGAGGUGGGUUUCAGCAGGUUCUGACCAGUUCUGGAGAACCGGUAGCGGAAAUUUUAGUAGUUUGGAGAACCGGUAGGAAAAAUUCUGACUGGCCCCGCCCCCAUCUAUUCUCUAUCUCCCAAGUCCCAGCUGAUCGGGAGGGAAUGGAGAUUUUACAGUAUCCUUCCCCUGGAGUGGGGUGGGAAUGGAGAUUUUACAGUAUCCUUCCCCUGCCACGCCCACCAAGCCAUGCCCACCAAGCCACACCCACAGAACCGAUAGUAAAAAAAAUUGAAACCUACCACUGCCUACACUGAUAAAACUACAAUAAUGGAAGAGUAAUUGGCCCGCAUUUACACAGUGAUCUCAAUAGUGUGCGACCCCCUUCCGUAAAUCCUUACAUGAAACCCAUUUUGACCCACUCUCAUCAAAAUGUUUUCUCUUUUUAUAUUUGAUUUGCUCAGGUAGUCCUUGAGUUACAACAAUUCAUUUAAUGGCAGUUCCGAGUUACGACACCGGGAGGGGAAAAAGUGACUUAGGACCAUAUUUCACAGUUACGAACUUUGACCCGUGAUUGCGUGAACAAAAUUCUCCGGAGAGGGGCGGCAUAUAAAUUUAAUAAAUAAAUAAAUAAAUUCAAACGCUGGGCAACUGGCAUGUACUUACGACGGUUGCAGUAUCCCUGGAAUCACAUGAUCCCCUUUUGGCGACCUGGCGAGCAAAGUCUACAGGGAAGUCAGAUUCACUUUACCAUCGGGUUGUUGACUUAUUCAUUUAAGAACUGUGAAAGGUCGUAAAACGGGGCAAAACGCACCUAACCAAUGUCUCACUUAACAACAGAACUUUGGGACUCAAUUGCGGUCGUAACUCAAGGACUACCUGUAUUCCUUACCACCAUGACACAAGCAGGUGGAUGAGACAUUGCACAAAAAUCAUUUUGGUUUUCGGUGUUUGGGGUUGUUUGGUAUUUUUGUGUGUAUGAUCGCCUACACAAAUGUGUUUUUUGACUUCACCCAACGAGCAGUUAUACAAUAUUAGAGCACUCCCUUUAAAAGAUCCCUUGGGGGUCAUUUUAAUGUCCGCUCUAAUGGAUUCGAUUGCUUUCUACUGAAUCCCCUUUUCUUGGUGACAGUCCCUCCUUCGUUCUCUUCUGCUGUGGUCUUCUAACUGGGUGGAUUUGUCUCUUGGGCGUUUGAAGGAAGGGAAAUCGCCCCAGAAAUCCUAGAAUUAGCUUUAUUCAACCAGGAGUAGCUACCCAGGGAGACCAGAUUAGGGGGAGACCUCUGAGGUUGGGGUGGUGGGGAAAGAUUUGGUUCCUGAGGGCAUCACCCAACCUUGACUUGUGGCUUACAAGGCACCAGGGAGUUCUGACUAAACGCUCAGUUUGUUGAUUCUCGUUCCCUUCCUUGACUCUUCCACCAGGUCACCUCCAGGUUUUCAGUUUUGGCUGCCCACCCCCUCCCCAAAUUUUAAGCUGCAAAAUGGGGGGGGAAAUCAAACCAUUUGCUGAACUGCCCCGUCAGAUCUCAUCCUCGGUGAAUGCUCCCGUUGGAGCAUCUGUCUGAGCGGUUCGCUUCAAAAGAUUCCUUAUUUCGUAUUCUUAUUUUGUCCUCCUCAAGUCACUUUUCUCUCCCUUCCCUUCCCCUGUUUCUUGUUUCCACACAUCCGGCUGUAUCCUCCUGUGUAUUUAUAUAUUCUGUAUUUAUGUUAGCAAAAUGGUAGUAUUUUGUAGCUGUUCCGGUUUGUUUAACUUGUAAAAAGAAAAAAAAAAUUACCGAUGACGAUGAUAGAGAUCAUUCUUAAUAGCUCGUUCUGAUGCUCCCUGGCCUUUUUUGAUUCGUUGGGUUUUUUUGCCAUCGGCCCCUUGGUUCUGCCUUUUUAAUUUAAUGACUUGCCAUUUCUUAAAUUAUUUAUUAGUUGUGUUGUGGGGGGGGGGUUGUUCUUUUCAUGUCCACGUGGCCACAGCUGACGGUUGGAUCCGUUUUGAUUUCUUCUCGCCCUGCCGUCCAUGGACGGGUCAAGCGAUGUGAUUCUCAAACUUCACAUAUUUGUUUUUUCCUUAUGUGGGAGUGUAUGGGCGCGCGCACGGGACUGAAUGAGUGGAAGGUUAUACUUCAGUAUAUUUGUAAAUAAAAGCAACCUGUAAAUGAAA